AACUCCAACAUAACAUACAUCCAACUAAACAUGUAUAAGUCCCAAGAAAUUGUCAUAAAAUAGUAUUCUCUUAUUAACAAAGGGUAGAAAACAAUAUGAGCACACUUCUUGGUUGCCUUGCGCUCCUAGGCCUGUUCUUUAAUAUGGUGGCACCUGCCUCAUCCGCCACUCUUACCGUGAAUUGGUCCCUUGGCACUGACUAUACUCCUCUCACCACCGGAAAGAGCUUCGCUGUCGGCGAUACCAUCGUGUUUACCUACGGUGCGGGUCACACUGUGGAUGAAGUGAGCGAGAAUGACUACAAGAGUUGCACUUUAGGGAACUCCAUUACAUCUGACAGCAGUGGAACCACGACCAUAUCUCUCACGACCACUGGUCCUCGCUACUUCAUAUGUGGAAUCCCCGGCCAUUGCGCGGGCGGUAUGAAGCUAGCAAUCACUGUGGCAUCGACCACGUCAAACGGUGUAGGCGGUGGCACCACCACACCAACCCCCACACCAACCUCUUUCACCGGAGGUGGUGGUUACAACCCCACGACUACUCAGGCUAUUCCUUGUGCAGGUUGGGCCGUGUCCUCCCCAUUAGGGGCUUUGGUUGCAACUUGGGCCGUUGUUUUUUAUGCUUUGGCUUUGCCUUAAAUAGUUGAAAGUGAAACUCUGUUGCAUGUGUAUGUAUGUUAGUUAUCUUUCAAACAAACAAAAACCAUACGAAAAUUUGAACCAAGCAAAAUGAACGAUUGACAUGUGUCCGUAUGAGGAGAGUAAUAGAGUAUGAUACGCGUUGUAUGAGGA